AUGGACUCUAUAAUCGAAGAGCAGCGCAAUACACAUGAGGAAAUUGAGCGAUUCGAGAGAGCUCUGGCAGACAUCCUCUCGCGCCCACAAGUCACGCACAAAACCAAUCUUAUUGCCGAACACAAAGCCAGUGCCAUCUUGGACCGCAUGCAUUCACGCAUGGUUACUCUCAAUUCAUUGUAUAUGGACGAGGCAGGACCGAGGAACCAAGAGCUCGAGCAGCUCUCCUCUGCGAGCGCUCCAGAUGAUCUCAAUGACUUUUAUUCAAAACUCAAAAAGAUCAAGGAUCACCACCACAAAUACCCAGAUAGUGCUACGAAUGCAUUCGCAUUAGAACUAGAUUCAUUAGUGGAAGGUGCCGUCCCAGGCUCAGAGGGCGUUGAAACCGACGACUCUUUCUCCAGGUUAUUCUCAGGAGAGGAAUCUUUUGGUCGAUACGUCGACCUCAAUGCCAAUCUGACUGAAUACAAUAACCUCAAGCACUCUGGCAAGCGUUUCAUGCCCUACCUACAGUACCUCACUAUCCUUGCCGAAGUCGGUGCUCCGGAUGCGACAGGCCAAUUAGGUGCCGAGCUAGGUGAAAAGACACGCUUCAGUAAAGAAUACGAAACGUAUUUAACAAAUCUCCACUCGUAUUUGAGUUCGUUUAUACGGCGUACCCGGCCACUGCAACCUCAUGCUCAGCAACAAGUAGACGCCGAAGCCGAAUUUAACAAGCUCUGGGAGCAGAACCAGAUUCAAGGGUGGGACGCGAGUGGCUCGGCAGGGGGUGUUACCGGGUCCACUUCCGCUGAGGGCAUUUGGUGCGCAGCAUGCCAAAGGCACUACGCCAAGCAAACCGUCUAUGACGCCCAUCUGACUUCCAAAAAGCACAUCAAAGCCGCAGCACGUACCUCGGAACAAAAUCCCCCACCAGCUACCAAUGGCAAUGGCCCGGCAGCUCCCGAAUCUGGUGCAACACAAUCUAGUUCCCGCAAACACAUUAAAACUUACCGAGCUGCUCUGCUCACCCACCUUCUUGGACCCAUCCUCAAGACCUUGCAUGGGACACUCCUGGAGACCAAGGCCAAUGUGGAGCGACGGUUCUCACUUACCGCUCAUGAACGUGAGCUUGAACUUGAGGAGCCCGAGGUGGAUAUCGCGCCUGUCACGACUGGUGAUGCGGCCGAGGGUGCACCUGCCAUGGAAGAGGAAGAGGAAGAAGAGCGGAUAUACAAUCCUUUGAAACUUCCUUUGGGGUGGGACGGCAAGCCUAUUCCGUACUGGCUAUACAAGCUACAUGGGCUUGGAGUUGAGUACCGCUGCGAGAUUUGCUCAGACCAUGUGUACAUGGGCAGGAAAAACUUUGAUCGCCACUUCCAAGAGUCGCGACAUGCGUUCGGUAUGCGAGCCCUUGGUUUACCCAACACCAAACAUUUCCACGAAAUCACUCGUAUCGCUGAUGCUCUAGCUCUUGCCGAAAGGCUCAAGCAUGAAGGGCGGCAAGAGAUUCAACAAAACGAGACUAUGGAAGAACUAGAGGACGAAGAAGGAAACGUCUACAACAAAAAGACUUAUGAAGACUUGAAGAAACAAGGUCUCAUCUGA